CGUGGCCUACGCCGUGGCCUCUGCACAUCUUUCUCUCUCUCUCUCUCUCGAGACCUUUCCCUUUUCCGAUCCUGCAAUGGCUGCCACCGGCCCCGCCGCCGCUGCCCUCUUACUCGCCGUGCUCUCCCUCUUCUCCGCCUACGCCGACGCCCGUCCCGGCGUCCCGUUCCACCCCUGCAACACCGUGUUCGUUACCUACACCAUCACUACCACCGCCUCCGACGACGACGCCCUCCCCGGCCUCCACCGAACCUCCGGGUUCGUCUCCGUGUACCGCAUCAUCGCCCCGAUACUCACCUUCCACCACGACCCCCGCCCCGCGAUGAUCCCCCGGCCGGUGCUCCUCCGUCGCCGCGAGGUCGCCUCCGCUGAGCCCGCUGCGCUCGGGUUCAGCUCCCUCCAGGAUCGCGCCAAGGACAUCCUCGUGGUCGUCGUCGGCCUCCUCUUCGGGGUCGGGUGCGGCGCCCUCACCGCCGCCACCAUGUGCCUGGCCUGGUCCCUCGUCACCCACCGGCACGAGAUCUGCGGGUCCGAUGAGUACAGCGACGACGAGGAGGGUGCCGACGAGAGCCCCAAGAAGGCGGGCUACGUCAAGAUCCCGGCAGCUGACCCGGUCCUCGUCAAAGAAGGGUAUGAGGGGAAUUAGGGUUAGCGCUUUACGAACCGCGGGCGAGCGAUACGUAUAUAUAUAUAUAGCGGACAUGCGCUUCUGUGAAUCUAUGAUGUCUGUUUGGCUCUAAUACCGUCUGUCUAAUUGACUUUUGGAAUCUAUUUGUAUUGUGUUUACCUCGAUGUUAUUGUUCCUAGUGCAUCUUCUUGCUGAUUUCAUGCCUUA